GGUUCCGGGCCGCGCGGCGCCAUGGCCUCGCUGUGGCGGCUGAAGCGGUUCGAUGCCUUCCCCAAGCCCCUGGAAGACUUUCGGGUCAAGACGUGCGGGGGCGCGCUGGUGACGGCUGUCAGCGGGCUCAUCGUGGUGCUGCUUUUCUUCUCGGAGCUGCAGUACUACCUCCCCAAGGAGGUCCAGUAUCCGUCACAGUGUACUGACUGGGUCUGCUUCAGACAACAUUCUAACAAAGCCUUUAUGCAAGUAACGUCUGAUGGACGCUCCAGGAAGGCUUACAGAUAGCCGGUUCUUUCUCUGGAGGCUGUUCUUGAGAUGACGAAUGCUACUCUGUUAAUUGGUGUUAUUUCACACCUCAGCAGGCUCUAUGCAUACCAUUUCAGGUGGGCUUUGGGUGCAGGAUGCACAAGUUCCAACACAAAAUCGUUGCAUUCGUGUGUAGAACACAUUGUGCAUUGUGUGUAGAGCAAAACGCGUACAAGAUAGCGUUUCUAGACAUGUCUCAUCACUUUGAA